UAGGUCACUAGAAAGCACAGAUCUAUAUGUACAAUUCGGAGGUUUUGUAAAGAUAAAUUUGGUUUCUAGGUAUCAGUCAGAAUGUUUAUAAUAUUCAAUACCAACACUUUUGAUACAAAGCAUAUUUGCCGAUGGAAUAGAUAGUGAAUCCAACCCAAACUUUACUUUAUUCUGAGUUAUUUUAAAAUUGUUAUGACGCUAUUAAUAUCUACAGUUAUUCAUAGAUCGAUAGCAUCUCAACAUUACAAGGGAAGAAGAAAAAUUCAUAAUCUUCUCAAAUACUAAAUUUUCAAUAGUUUUUUGUGCUUAAGUAGUGUUAUCGGUAUUAUGUGGUUCUUUUGGUGGUGGAAUGUAACGCAUGAACGCCCGUCUUUACAUCCAACUAUAUCAGAAGCUGAACGAACAUAUAUUGAGACUUCAAUUGGGGAGUCGCCUACAAUCAACGAAAGUAAAAUACCAAUUCCUUGGAGAAAAUUCUUUACAUCACUUCCUGUCUAUGCAAUAAUUAUUGCGAAUUUUGCAAGAAGUUGGUCAUUCUAUUUAUUAAUUACAAAGUCGCCAAAAUAUUUUCGUGAAGUAUUUGGUUAUAAUUUAGCUGAGACUGGAUUUUUGUCUGCAUUGCCACACUUAGUAAUGGCUGUUAUUGUUCCUAUCGCUGUAAGAAAAAUUUUCAACUGUGGAGGUUUCGGAACAGAAGCAAUCUUUUUAAUUGGUGUUGGUUAUUCAAAAACAAUUACAUCAGCUUUAGUAUGUCUUGUUUUAGCUGUUGGAUUUAGUGGAUUUGCAAUAUCAGGUUAUAAUGUUAACCAUUUGGAUAUUGCACCACGUUAUGCCAGUAUAUUGAUGGGUUUAUCUAAUGGUGUUGGAACAAUAUCUGGCAUGAUUUGUCCAAUUACAACAGAAUUACUUACCAAAAAUCAAAAUAAGGAAGGAUGGCCAAUAGUUUUUUUGAUAGCUAGUUUGGUUCACUUUGUUGGUGUUACAUUUUAUGCUAUCUUUGCAUCUGGAGAAAAACAACCUUGGGCAGAUGCACCUGAAGAAGCUCAAUGUAAUUGGCAACCACCAACCGAUUUACCAGCAGAGAUGAUGCACGGAGAAUAUGGCUAUGCAGAUCCAACUGAAAGAAAAGAUAAUAAUCUGUCUUUUCGAAGAGUAAGUAACCAAAGGAAUUCAUCAACUGAUAGUAAUCAAUUCUAUACUUCAAGUUCAAGAUAUACAUCGGGUUAUAAUCAAUCCACUGUAAAUGACCCACUAGUAAAUUCCCAAGGUUACGGUUAUGGUGAAACUUUAAGUGGAACAACAAAAGAACAAAAUGUUAAUCCAUAUCAUCAAGGGUAUUAAAAGUAGCAUAAACAAACUAAAACUAAUUUCCUACUAACCAUAACAAUAUCAAAAGUUACUUAUAUUGACUAGUAAAUCACUGGAAAGUAGUCGACAUAUAUACCUGGAUAAUCAAACAUCAUAAUGCCAG